CGUCCCUUCCUGUUUUACUGGCUAUCAGAGAGAAACAUUGACGCCGUAAUAGAGACGCGCAGGCUUCGAUUAUGUCUGGAACCGCUCUCUCCGUCCAAGACCAGGAUUUUUGUUUGCCUACGUGAAACCGGCAACCAGCAAUGUCGCCUUAUAGCGCAUAUAAGACACUUGACGAGUCAUAGUCUACAAAUAUAUAUUUUUUAUCGCGCUACUACAACCCUUGCUCCUUCUUCUGUCAAUGAUUGUCCUACCCAUAUAAGCCUACUCAUGGCGGAGACCAAAAUUAUAUACCAUAUCGACGAAGAAGAAACCCCUUAUUUAGUGAAACUGACGGUUUCUCCGGAAAAAGUCACGUUGGCGGAUUUUAAAAAUGUCCUUAACAACCGUCCGGUCAACAGUUAUAAAUUCUUUUUCAAAUCUAUGGAUCAGGAUUUCGGAGUCGUCAAAGAGGAAAUCUCUGAUGAUAACGCCAAGCUGCCCUGCUUCAACGGCAGAGUGGUGUCCUGGUUGGUGUUAGCUGAAGGCACACACUCGGAUGGGGGAUCUCAGUGCACAGAGAGCCACAAAGAGCUACCACCACCCUUGGAGCGAACUGGAGGGAUUGGAGAUUCCAGACCCCCCUCUUUCCAUGCCAAUGCGGUGAGUAGUCGGGAUGGAUUGGACACAGAGACAGGCACAGAGUCUCUCCAGAGCCAACGGAGAGAGCGAGAGAGGCAGCGAGCUCACAGGAGGGCACGAGAAAGUGAGUUCCCUCGCGUGAACGGUCAUUCGAAAUCGGAGCGCGUGAACCGCGACUCAGCUGUUUGCUAUGACAGUGCUUCAGUGAUGAGCAGCGAGCUGGAAUCCAGCUCUUUCAUAGAAAGUGAGGAGGAUGAGGAUGCCAGCAGACUUAGCAGUUCGACCGAGCAGAGCUCUUCAUCACACCUCAUGCGUAGACACAAACGCAGGCGACGAAGACAGAAAGUCACCAAAAUGGACAGGUCCUCAUCCUUUAGUAGUAUUACAGACUCCACAAUGAGCCUCAACAUUAUCACAGUCACUCUCAACAUGGAAAAGUACAACUUCCUUGGUAUCAGUAUUGUGGGUCAAAGUAAUGACAGAGGAGAUGGGGGCAUCUAUAUUGGCUCCAUUAUGAAAGGUGGAGCAGUGGCGGCUGAUGGCAGGAUUGAGCCUGGAGACAUGCUGUUACAGGUGAAUGAUGUGAACUUUGAGAACAUGAGUAAUGAUGAUGCUGUCAGGAUUCUACGGGAGAUCGUAUCUAAACCUGGGCCAAUAAGCCUAACAGUGGCAAAAUGUUGGGACCCCUCUCCUAGAAGCUACUUCACCAUCCCUAGAGCUGAGCCAGUGAGACCCAUUGACCCUGCUGCCUGGAUCACACACACUACAGCACUUUCUGGGCCGUACCCCCAUUAUGAGUUUGAUGACCUUCCACUUUCUGUGUCAAAAACAGACAUGGCAACUAUAGUAAAAGUAAUGCAGCUACCAGAUUCAGGCCUGGAGAUCCGAGACCGAAUGUGGUUAAAGAUCACUAUAGCCAACGCUGUCAUCGGGGCUGAUGUUGUUGACUGGUUGUUCUCUCGGGUGGAGGGCUUCAAAGACCGCCGUGAUGCCAGAAAAUAUGCCAGCAGUUUGUUGAAACAUGGCUACCUGAGACACACAGUCAAUAAAAUCACCUUCUCGGAGCAGUGCUACUACACUUUUGGAGAUCUCUGCCAAAAUAUGGCUUCUCUCAAUCUUAAUGAGGGAUCCAGUGGUGGCGGCUCUGACCAAGAUGGUCUCGCUCCUCUUCCUCCACCAGGAACCAACCCCUGGCCCCUCGGUGGGCAGCCCUACCCCUACCCAGGUUACCCCACUCCUCCGCCAGGCUUUCCUCCUGGAUACUCGGACCCCUGCCACAGUUUCCACAGUGGCAGUGCAGGCAGCCAGCAGAGUGAAGGUAGCAGAAGCAGUGGCUCCAACCCCAGCGCUGGGAAAGGACGGAGACCCUCCCCUCGAGAGAAGGACCAUAAGGCGCCGUGCUGUGGGGGCAGCGAAUCAGAACUGGGCACGUGGGUCGGAAGGAGGGGUGAGAGGGCACCCAGUCAGCUGAGUCAUCAAAGCCACAGCCGCUCUGCUGUCAGUCAAGCCCACUCCAGCCACAGCUACACUCACUCUGGGUACAGUCUUGGCCAGUGUCACAGUGUUUCGCAACAUAGUCACAACUUCACCUACAGCCACGCCCCUUUCAUUCAGCCCAAUCAUCUGACCUGUGCCCACAGUGAGAGAAGUCACGGCUCUUCCUACGGCCCGCCGGGUCUGCCCCCUCCGUACUGCCUUGCUCACCUCGCCCCCAAAGCGGCAGCAAGCAACAGCCCACCCGGGGCUCCACCCGUUCGGGAGUUAGGAAACGUCCCCCCAGAACUCACGGCUAGUCGGCAGUCUUUUCAACACGCUAUGGGCAAUCCUUGUGAAUUUUUCGUUGAUAUUAUGUGACAGGACAGUGCCUUCAACCCUUUCAGAGCACAAGGCCUAGUUCCCACAGUUUGCUUCAUGAAUUUUUGCUACUGACGAUCCCUGCACUGAGAAUGCACAAACUGACAGCCCGAUUUAAAUUACCCAAUAAUGAAAAUUGUCAUUUACUCUCAUUUAUCCUCAUGUUGAGUUUCUUCCUUCUGUGGAACAAAAUAAUCGGUGUUAUUGUUAAUUACAACUAAAAAACUAUCGUUUCAAUAAAUCAGAAAAAUAUAAACAGUAGAUUUAUAUAAGAGAACAUUUAAGCUUAAAAAAUGUAAACGAAAAUUAGACUUAACAGCAACUGACAGAAAUGCAAGUACUGAAAUGAUUAAAACUGAAAUAAAAGAUGUAUUAAGGCUACAUAAAAAUAUAAAAAUAAAAAAGCACUAAAGCACAAAAACUAAAAUUCAGAUGACAAAUAUAAAAAUGAAACUAUAAUCAAAAUAUUAAAAACUAUUUAGUAUAUAAAUAAUACUAAAAAGCACAGUACAAAUUAAAUUUGUAUCUUUUUUUUCAUAUAAUGAGAGUGAAUAUGGACUAGGGCUGUCAAGCUUUAAAAUGACAAAAAAAAAAAAAAGUAUCAAGUCAUCCAUAAGAGCAGUGUUUCUCAACUCCAGUCCUCGGGACCCACUGCUCUGCACAUUUUGUAUGUAUCCCUUAUUUAACGCACCUGAUUCAGAUCAUCAGCUCUUUAGGAGAGACUCCAUGAACUGAACUGAGUGUGUCAGGUAAGAGAGACAUACAAAAUGUGCAGAGCAUUGGGUCCCGAGGACUGGAGUUGAGAACCACUGCAUGAGAGGAAGGAGACCAUUUUUUAAAAUUCAUUGUAAGACUUAAAAUAUAGCAUUAUAUGUUACAUGGACUACUUCUAUUUUACUUUUAUUGUGCUUUUCUGUCAUUUUGGAACUUGACAAAAAUAGCCCCCUUUCACUUCUGUUAUUUGGAAUAUAACAGCCAGAUAUAUUUUGUGUUCAAAAGAAGAGAGAAAGUGUUUGAAACAACAUGAGAGUGAGCAAAUGACAGAAUUUUCAUUUUUAGGUCAACUCUACCUUUAACAUCUAUUCAUUAUUUAGAUCAAUGAAGGACACUAAAAAAGCACAACUGCAGAGUUCAUUUACACUCUGACACAAAAAACUACAAUACUUUAGCAGCAGCACAAGAUAACACAACUAAUAAGCUUUUUAACAGGAAAGUCAGUGUAUCAGACUCUCUGCUUUUUAUCCUGAGCUGCUCUUCACUUUGCACAAGUUACAAGUCAGACAACUGGCCUGACAGCUCUUAACACAGUCUGUACUUUUAAAUGUAUCCAUGCGCUGGAUUAUUUUUUUUCUUACACCGUUGUAUUUGACUUUGCAUUCGCAGAGUCAUAACCCUGACAAUCAGACAUAAUAAUGACAACUGACGUCCCUAAACAUUGCUGAAUGUAUUGUCUUGUGAGACUACAACUCCGCAAAAUUCCCGCAUUAUAGCAUGUUAAGCUAUCAUUAAAUAAAUGCUCGGACUUGUUAAUGUUAGACUCAUGGUUGCCAAAUGUUUCCUCUAAAUGUACAUGAUAGAUUUUAAAGAAUAACAAACAGGUGCUUUUCAUAGAGUCUGUGAACUGACUGUUCAAACGUCACCAGUUGUCUUAGUAUUUACCACUGUAUUACGAACAUCACUGUACAGUUAAUGCAGUAGUCUGUUAUGAGAGUGGUAGUAGGCCCUGUAAGUUAAAACAUAGAUGAUAUUUAAAGAGGCAGAUAGGUUAACCAAAGUCCCUUGGCAAUUAGUGAAUCGUGAACUUUGUUCUAGUUGUUUGCUGGAGGAAAAGCUGUUUAUGGUCAAGUUUACUGGUAAAGCAGUGAGGUUGUUGUCUAAGAGCAUACAGUAUGUCCUUGUUUGUAAUGUUCUGUUCCAUGAAGUGACCUAUCUGCCUGAGCCAAAACAAGAAAGAGACACAGUUUCUGUCAAGCACUUUUGGAAUAUAAUUUAUGGGCCCUUUAGAAUGAAAUGCUGAUUGCAGUGAAAGCUGUUUGCUUUUUUGUUUCUUCACAAAAGAGGAAUAAUAAAUUGUAAAUAGGAUAGCAUAUAUAUUAUAUAAAUAUAUAUAUAAAACCGAGAAAAUAAAUUUUAUGUAUUAAGAAGUG